CAGGAAGUGGUAAACUGGGAAGGAUUGUCUUGACAAUGAUGGAGGAAGAGGAAUUUGAAUUUGCUGAAGAUUUGGAGACUAUUUUGCAUCUUACUCCAGAGGUGCAGUUAGCUAUUGAACAGGUUUUCCCCAGCCAGGAUCCACUGGACAGAGCAGACUUCAAUGCUGUGGAGUACAUCAACACACUUUUCCCCACGGAACAGUCUUUGGCUAAUAUUGAUGAUGUGGUGAGCAAAAUUCGUCUAAAGAUUCGGCGUCUGGAUGACAACAUCAGGACGGUGGUGAGAGGCCAGACUAAUGUGGGUCAGGAUGGCAGACAGGCUUUGGAAGAGGCUCAGAUCGCCAUCCAGCAGCUUUUUGGCAAAAUCAAAGACAUUAAGGACAAGGCGGAGAAGUCUGAGCAAAUGGUCAAGGAGAUAACAAGGGACAUCAAGCAGUUGGACCAUGCCAAGCGCCACCUUACUACCUCCAUCACCACACUAAACCACCUCCAUAUGCUUGCAGGGGGUGUGGACUCUUUAGAAGCCAUGACCAGAAAGAGGCAGUAUGGUGAAGUGGCCAACUUGCUGCAGGGAGUGGUCAAUGUGCUGGAACAUUUCCACAAAUAUAUGGGCAUACCCCAGAUCCGACAGCUUUCAGAGAGAGUAAGAGCAGCACAGAGUGAGCUUGGUACUCAGAUCCUGGCGGACUUUGAAGAGGCAUUCCCCUCUCAAGGUUCCAAGAGACCUGGUGGACCGAGCAACGUGCUGAGAGAUGCCUGUCUGGUGGCUAAUGUGCUAGAUCCUCGCAUCAAACAAGAGAUCAUCAAAAAGUUCAUGAGGCAGCACCUUUCCGAGUACCUGGUUCUCUUCCAGGAAAAUCAAGACGUGGCCUGGCUGGACAAGAUUGAUCGUCGCUAUGCCUGGAUCAAACGGCAGCUGUUGGACUACGAGGAAAAAUACGGGCGCAUGUUUCCCGAGGAGUGGUGCAUGACAGAGCGUAUUGCUGUGGAGUUCUGCCACAUUACCAAGGUGGAGCUAGCCAAGGUGAUGCGAACGCGGGCAAAGGAGAUAGAAGUGAAACUGCUGCUUUUUGCCAUUCAGCGGACGACAAACUUCGAGGGUUUGCUGGCCAAACGAUUCACAGGAUGCACCUUGAUGGAUGCAACUGGACAAAAGAAGCCAGAGAGCCCGCUCGACUCGACAAACCCCUUCCUGGAGGAUGAGCCAGGAGAGGAUGAGGUCACAGAAAAGGAUGAUGAUCUCACCAAGCCCAGGAAGCCGAAAGCUCCAGACAACCCUUUCCACGGCAUUGUCUCGAAGUGCUUUGAACCUCAUCUUUAUGUCUACAUAGAAUCCCAAGACAAGAACCUCGGAGAACUGAUUGACCGCUUUGUGGCUGAUUUCCGAGCACAAGGUCCACCCAAGGCAGGCACGGAGGAGGGUGGAGCAGUGCUGCCCAGCUGUGCUGACCUCUUUGUCUAUUACAAGAAGUGCAUGGUGCAGUGCUCCCAACUGAGCACUGGAGAACCUAUGAUAGCCCUCACAACCAUCUUCCAGAAAUUCCUCAGAGAAUAUGCUUGGAAGAUCCUUUCUGGCAACCUGCCUAAAUCCAGCAGUAACAGUGGGGGUCUCACUAUCAGUAGCCUGCUAAAGGAAAAAGAAGGCUGUGAGGCUGCAAAGUUCACUGUAGAUGAGCUCUGUCUGAUCUGUAGCAUUCUCAGUACUGCAGAGUACUGUCUGGCUACCACGCAACAGUUGGAGGAGAAGCUUAAGGAGAAGGUGGAUAAAGUGUUGGUGGAGAGAAUAAAUUUGACCGGGGAGAUGGACACAUUCAGCACCGUGAUUUCAAACAGUAUCCAGCUCCUGGUUCAAGAUCUGGACGCCGCCUGUGAUCCCGCUCUGACAGCCAUGAGCAAGAUGCCAUGGCAGAGUGUGGAGCAUGUGGGUGACCAGAGUCCUUAUGUGACAUCGAUCAUCAUGCAUAUUAAACAAAAUGUACCCAUCAUCAGGGACAACCUGGCCUCCACACGCAAAUACUUCACUCAGUUCUGCAUCAAGUUCACAAAUUCUUUCAUUCCAAAAUUCAUCAACCACCUUUUUCGGUGUAAGCCUAUCAGUAUGGUUGGGGCUGAACAGCUCCUUCUUGAUACUCACUCCCUGAAGACAGUCCUGUUGGAUCUGCCCUCCAUAGGCUCCCAGGUACUCCGAAAAGCCCCCGCCAGCUACACCAAGAUAGUGGUGAAAGGCAUGACACGGGCCGAGAUGAUUCUUAAGGUGGUGAUGGCUCCUCAUGAACCACCGGUUGUGUUUGUUGACAACUACAUCAAACUGUUGGCCGAUGGCAAUCCAGAGACUUUCCAGAAGAUUCUGGAUAUGAAGGGCCUGAAGCGCAGUGAACAGAGCAGCAUGCUGGAGCUCUUCAGGCAAAGGCUACCCACUCCGCCCUCCGGGGCUGACGGAGGCCCCACUCUGUCCUUCAAUGCCCCGACCCCGGAGCAGGAGUCGUCCCGAAUCCGCAAACUGGAGAAGCUCAUCAAGAAGAGACUGUGAACACACUCACUUUCACAUCACGGCGUGCCGAUGCGACCCCCCCCCCCCGCCGUCCGAAAGCUAAUAUUCAUCUCAAAGUCAAUGAAACGUUCUAGAAAGAGACUGCACUUUCUGACUUGUAGUAACUUGAAGACAAGCCGAUGCUGGAUUAUGAAGAAACUUCCUCAACGGUUAGUAGCUGUGGUUAAGUAUGUCGUGCACUUCUGCAAAUGUUCCAUUGUUUCUUCUCAUGACACUAAGCACUGAACUCAGAGAAGAGAAUCUAGUGUAAUCUUCCACCUGCUUCUCAACAUAUCUAAUCCAGAAUGAUUACUAGCAUUCUACUCUUAAAUAAGUGUGUGUUUUUCUUCUGGGCAUAAUGUAUUUUAAUAUGGCAGAUACGUGAACUUUUUAAAGGAGCGGGUGUAAAUUUGUGUCGUCCAUCAAACCGAUGUAGAUGUUUUUGUUUUUUUUAGCAUGGCCUGAAGUGAUCUGAUGGGGACUGGAAGGGAUUUUGGAUUCUCUAUAUUUUCACACCUGUUCAGUUGAUCUGAUGUGAUUUUCUUUUCUUUUACUUUUUUUUUGGUGGUAGCAAUCCAAAAGCACUUAAAUGAAUUAAGUCAUCUUUCCUCGCUGAUGGGAAAUGUGUGUCUCGGCUGCCCAGAUUGCUCUGCACUGUUUCAAAUAUUUCUGCUUACAUCAGGAUUUCAGGAAGAAAACUCGCAGUCUGUUCACUGACUAUUCUCAUCGAUUUUGAUGCUAGUGCCUCUCAUUUUUCAUGGCCGCGUGGCUCCAGUAAAUCCCUUCAUUAAUGUACCCACUCCUCCAUCUCACACAGAAUGUUGUACAAUUCAUUGUCUGAACGGUGUGCUUCAAGGACAGGUCUAUUAAAGCAUUGCCACAGAACUUCCUCUACGCUUCAACCGGCGGGUGUGU